AUGGCGGCCGUGGCUGCAGAGCCAGGAGCUGCGGUGGUUCCGACAACAAGACCCGCGGCGACGGACGGAGAAGGCCCGCCAGAACCAGACUCGAUAGGUACCGGACUACCAGGAGCUCUGAAAGAUGGUUCGGGGGCUUGGGAGUCCGGCCCAGCUGUAGAGCUCGGCGGAGUCCGGGUGGAGGACUGCGGAGACGGGGAGGAGCGCCGCCAUGUCAGGCCGGAGCUCUUAGACACCGACGGCCUGAUCCAGAACCUGUCCGGAGACCGGGUCAGUUCGGACCGGUUCUCUCCGGGACUCCCAGCAGACCCAGAAGGAGGCGGGAACGUGUCCCGCAGCCUCCGGUCGGACCCGCAGCCCCCCGCCGUCUUCCUGCACUCCUUCCCGGUCCCGCCGCCCGUCACCGAGGCCGGACUGUCCCUCCAAGAACCGGCCGAACCCACCACCAACGGGACCACCAACCGGGCCGAGACCGCGGCAGGCCGGGAAAGGGGCUACAAGACCACGGUCCAACUGGAGCUGCGACCCGGACCCGCGGAGUCCGGCAUGCUCUCAGUACCGGACAGCCCGAACCAGGAGCCGGAGCCGUGUUCCGAGGAGCUGCCGGAACCAACGCCGUCCUGCCGGUCCCCGAAUUCCUCCCAGACCGAGCCCGGACCAGAAACCGGUCCCUGUCCUCCGCUGCUCGGCUCCGUGCAGGAUCUGAGUCCCGGGUCUGAGGUCCGGGUCUCCCUGGACCACGUGAUCGAUGACGCGCUGGUGGUGUCGUUCCGGUUCGGGGAGAAAGUCUUCUCGGGGGUUCUGAUGGACGUGUCCAAACGGUAAGCCCACACAUGACGUCACUGUGCAGGUAGAGUCACAGGUCACGUGACGGUCGGUGUGAACGAACACACACACACACACACACACCUGUCUAAGGUUCGGUCCAUCAGCUGUCAGGUCCACACCUGUAGACUUCACCGGGACCAGCUGAGCCCUAGUCCAGGUCCAGGUCCAGGUCCAGGUCCAGGUCUGUCAGAUCCACUUAGUCUCAUAAAUUCUGAUUUUUGAAGUUUUUCAUUAAAUUUGAUUUUAAAGUAAAAUUCUUCAGACCUGAACCCGGUCUCUGGUCUCUGGUCUUCUUGAAAGAACUCGAGUUUGGUCUCCUCCACCUUCAUCCUACCGAGGGCCGGGCGAUAUGUGAAAAACUUUAUCACUUUAUAUAUUAUUGAUUUCCUAUCAGCUGAUAUCGAUCAAUAUCAGGAUCUAAAAAUCUAUCAGGCUGUGUCUCAUUUCAGAGACCGCAUCGUGAUAAGCGCGCUUAACGGCGCUUAGCUGAGUGCACUGCCGUUUUACGCCGUUUUACGCCGUUUUACGCCGUUUUGCGCCGUUCUGUGCCCUUCCUGUGUCCCAUUUCAGAUACAGCAGCCAUCGAACGGCGCAUCUGACGCGUACGUGAGGUCACCACGCGGCACGAACGGUGUCCCGUUUGGCACAAAAUACUAAUUGCGCUUCAAAUUCGGUCUCAAAACCACACUACCCCCGCCUCGUUUUCAAGCGUGCAUGUAUGCACGCUUUCCUGCCGUCGGUAUCCCAGAAUUCUUUGCGUGCCGCUGCACAGCUGUGCAUUUCAGGUGAGAGGCUGGACUCGCUUGGAGACACAGCGCGUCUUCAAAGAAAAUACAAGAAAUCCAAAAACAGCAGACAGUCAGCUCAGGCUGUAUGAGAGCAUGAUCUCUGAACUCACUAAAAUCUGUAAACCAUACAUCAUAGAUUUAGAGACGAACUGAUCCGCUCUGCUUCAACAAUCAAAAACAUUAGAAAUGAGAAAGCUGACAAAACUACAGCAGAGGAUCAGGACAACAUUGAGGUUUUUUUUUUCUUUUAAGAUUUAGAGAUUAAAGUUGUAAAUUUAGGAGAAUAAACUCAUAAAGUAAAUAAAGUCAUAAAGCUGCUUUUGCGGAGGGGGAAAUGACUGAAGCUGGUCAUCUGCAGGGUUAUCUGUGGAUGUAUCAGCGGGUCAUUCAGAGAGAUUUUGUGGUUUCUGAAGAAACAAUCAAACUGAUGAUGAUCAACAUUUGUGAUCCAGAGGGAGUCGAGCUCCGACGAGCACCACGUCUCUGACACCGGCGGUAGCCUACACCUGCAGAGACACCAACACCUUAUUACUGCAUAUGGAUUCAUAUCAUAAACUAAAGCUCAAUGUCAUUCACGGAUAUUUACGGCUGCAUUGACAGAUAUAUCCUCAGCAUAUUCAUUUCUGCCUCCACAAAAUCAGCGAUUUCCUUCAAGUACACCAGUUUUUUCCCCCGUGGAAAAGACGUAUUUCUCAUAUAUUCUUUUUUUAAAGUCUUUAUACUUAUGACAAUGUGAUGCUGAUGUGCCAGAGGAUGAAGAAUCUCCUUGUUUGUGAAACCUAUACUGAAGCACAGUUCCUUCAAAUGCUUCAUGGCCCUAAUUUUAACAAGUCUCUCUGAAAUAACAGGUUAUGACUUCAUUCUCAUAAAUUAAUGACUUUAUUCUCGUAAAUUCACGACUUAAAUCUCGAAGUCCUUAAAGUCUUAAAUCUCAAUAUGGCCCUCAUACUCCUUCUUACAAAACAAUCAUUGGAUGAAUUGUGCUUGUAUGUAUCUACUAUUUUGUGUCUGUGCAAGGUCGCACAAUUAAAACAAUAAAUGCUGCGCUCCGCGGGUUUCCUUUAAGUCAGUCGUGACGCGAGCCUGAGGGCGGGGACAUUUGGCAACUCCACCAGGAAGUCCUCUGAAGGUCUCCAAAUGUCCCCGCCCUCAGGCUUACGUCACGACUGAUUAGAAAAAAAGCUGCGGAGCGCAGCAUUUAUUGUUUUAAUUGUGCGACCUUGCACAGAAACAAAAUAGUAGAUACAUACAAGCCCAGAUCAUUCCCACAAAAUUCAUCCAAUGAUUGUUUUGUAUGAAGGAGUAUGAGGGCCCUAUUGAGAAGGAGGAUAGGAGAUACUUCAUCCUCUGGCACAUCAGCAUCACAUUGUCAUAAGUAUAAAGACUUUAAAAAAAGAAUAUAUGAGAAAUACGUCUGUUCCACGGGGAAAAAAACUGGUGUACUUGAAGGAAAUCGCUGCUUUUGUGGAGGCAGAAAUGAAUAUGCUGAGGAUAUAUCUGUCAAUGCAGCCGUAAAUAUCCGUGAAUGACAUUGAGCUUUAAUUUAUGAUAUGAAUCCAUAUGCAGUAAUAAGGUGUUGGUGUCUCUGCAGGUGUAGGUUACCGCCGGUGUCAGAGACGUGGUGCUCGUCGGAGCUCGACUCCCUCUGGAUCACAAAUGUUGAUCAUCAUCAGUUUGAUUGUUUCUUCAGAAACCACAAAAUCUCUCUGAAUGACCCGCUGAUACAUCCACAGAUAACCCUGCAGAUGACCAGCUUCAGUCAUUUCCCCCUCCACAAAAGCAGCUUUAUGGCUUUAUUUACUUUAUGACUUUAUUCUCCUAAAUUUACAACUUUAAUCUCUAAAUCUUAAAAGAAAAAAACCUCAAUGUUGUCCUGAUCCUCUGCUGUAGUUUUGUCAGCUUUCUUAUUUCUAAUGUUUUUGAUUGUUGUAACACAGCGGAUCAGUUCGUCUCUAAAUCUAUAAUGUUUGGUUUACAGAUUUUAGUGAGUUCAGAGAUCAUGCUCUCAUACAGCCUGAGCUGACUGUCUGAUGGUUUUGGAUUUCUUGUAUUUUCUUUGAAGACGCGCUGCGUCUCCAAGCGAGUCCAGCCUCUAACCUGAAAUGCGCAGCUGUGCAGCGGCACGCAAAGAAUUCUGGGAUACCGACGGCAGGAAAGCGUGCAUACAUGCACGCUUGAAAACAUGCUAAGCGCGCUUAGCAUUUUUUAGCAUCUCGUGCCAAAUGGGACACCGUUCGCACCGUCGUGACGUCAUGCACACUUCAAAUGCACCGUUCGACGGUGCAGAAGGGCACUUAGGUCGAUGCGGUCUCUGAAAUGAGACACAGCCUCAGUGUUUCUUGGUCUCAUGUCUUUUCAAUAAUCUCCUGCAUCUGUGAGGUCUUUGUGUCUCUUUGGCGUUUUGUCGUAAGGCGUCGCUCUAGAGAAAGCCGACUGAAUGGUCGUCUGUUUCAGGCGCCAUGGGCUCCUCGCUCCUCUCGGGGUUUGUAACCUUUUGCGUUGCGCGUGCUCUGCGGCGUGGCGCUGCUUCAGGUGGUGAAAAAGAUUUGAGGUAUUCCCCGACUUUGUGAGAACAUGUACUCGACAUAAUUUACAGUCCACAUUACUCUGCUUCAUGUCCGACCUCCAAAAACCAAAAUACCUCCACACCACCGACGUUUUCCUAACGCCAGUGUUGUGGUUGACAUUGAUGUGGUCAUCUGUUGAGCCUUCAUGGUCAUUUCUGUCGGGGGUAGCACUCAUUUUCUUUGUUUCUCACCAACAGUGCUGUCGGCUUCACCUGUUAAAGUGCUAUGGUUGGGUGGAGCUGCUGUCUGCUACGACGCUGCAGUUGGUUGAUACUUGGUUCUAAUUCAGAACAUGAUUGGUUCAGACCAGGAGAAACUCCCCUUUUCAUUGGCUGUUCGUAUAGUCGACCAAAACAUGUCAGAAUGUCGAUUAUUGAAAAGGAUAUUGAUCAUGUUUGAUAUUGAUUGUUUUUAUCGUUUUUAUCGCCCUCCUAAAUCACAGAGAUGUUCACUCACUCUGAUGAACUCUGUCGUCAUAGAAACCGGACUCAGCUGUUGUUGGUGGUCUUUAUUCUGGUUCAGGAUCACCCGAGGUCUGAGUCCAGUUCUUAUGGACCACCCCGCUAACACACUGUAACUGAUCAGGAAACAGCGCCACCAUCAGUUUGGUAUUUAGAUAUUUUCACUGAUAAGAGGCGGUCCUACACCCACCUGAGAGGAACCCAGGUACCAGGUCUGCUGCAGAGAACCCCCAAAGAGGACUGGACCGUCAUCAGUAUCACUUAGUGUCACCAUGGUAACUAUUCAGGCAAAUAACAUCCAGGGUCAGAGGUCACCCAUCUAACAGCCAAUUAGAGUGCAGAUCACAGAGCUCCGAUAGAGAGGGGAGAGUAAGAUCUGAUCAACAUUAUUGAUCCCGAUAGAGGUCAGGGGAGGUCAGGGGAGGUCAGAGUCGACGAACUUCAAAGUUAGAACAAAAUUAAAGGAACAGAAAAUCAAGAAGAGAGAAAAACAAGAAUGUGACUAACCUGGAGUUAGGUAUUCACAUUAGAGAACAGUAAUAACAACAAUAACAACAAUAACAACAAUAAUAAAAAUAAUAAUAAUAAUAAUAAUAAUAACGAUAAUAAAAAUAAUAACGAUAAUAAAAAUAAUAACGAUAAUAUUAUUAAGAAUAACGACAAUAUUAAUAAUAUUAACAACAAUAAUAACAAUAACAAUAUUAAUAAUAAUAUUAAUAAUAAUAAUAAUAACAAUAAAAAUAAUAAUAACAAUAAUAACAAUUAAAAAAAUAAUAAUAAUAACGAUGAUAUUAAUAAUAAUAACAACAAUAAUAAUAAUAACAAUAAUAAUAAAAAUAAAAAUAAUAACGAUAAUAAAAAUAAUAACGAUAAUAUUAUUAAGAAUAACGACAAUAUUAAUAAUAUUAACAACAAUAAUAACAAUAACAACAAUACUACUACUAAUAAUAAUAAAAACCACAACUCCGUUUUUCUUCUGACGAAAUCUGUUGAAAAGUAAAAUGUCUGAGUGUUAAAAAUGAAGGAGUGACAGUGUUACAGUCGGUUUAAGUGUCAGGGUUAGGGUCAUUGUUAGGGUAAAGGUCAAUGUAAAGGUCAUUGUAAAGGUCAAUGUUGAUGAACCAGAACCGAUAAAGUCAGACUGAAGAAAAACCAACAAAACAAUCGAACAGUUUUUUCUCUGUGGGAAAGUCGGUUCAGCUCUGGAGCGAUCAAUAAUCCAUCAAUAAUCCAUCAAUAAUCCAUCAAUAAUCCAUCAAUAACGAGUCAAUAAUGGGUUCAUGUUUGAGUUAGAGUCAAAUUUCAGGUUAUUUUAAUUAUUAGUGAUCUCUUUGAGUCCCUCAGGUUCUCACCCUGUCUAUUGUGUGUGUGUGUGUGUGUGUGUGUGUGUGUGUGUGUGUGUGUGUGUGUGUGUGUGUGUUUGUGUGUGUGUGUAGGUUCGGACCCUAUGGUAUUCCAAUCACCGUAUUUCCCCGACGAGACGACAAGAAUCGGCCUCAGCUCUCUGUGCCGCCAUCGAUGCCGGUUGCCAAUGACGAUUGUUCCAUCAAACAGGAAGAAGUCAGUCCAGCAGCCACGCCCCCUCCUCACCCAUGGACCUCCAAACCACCACCGCUUUUCCAGGAGGGGGCGCCGUAUCCCCCGCCUUUGUUCAUCAGGGACACGUACAACCAGGCGUUACCUCAGCCGCUGCCGCGCAAGAUCAAGAGGCCGAAGCGUCGCUAUCGCUGUGAAGAGCCCACCUCCAUCAUGAACGCCAUCAAGCUCCGCCCCCGCCAAGUACUCUGUGACAAAUGUAAAAGUGUGGUGGCGUCAGGUGGACAAAGGGAGGCGAGGCGGGGUACAGUGGACCUGAGGAGUGAGGAGGCGUCCCGACGGCGGCGACAGGCCGAGGGGCCGAUCUCCUUAGAGGUCAAACGACUGAGGAGCGAUGACAAGGGAGGACGUGCAGCCCCAGACCGCCGCUCAUCAUCGGGGUUACGUCUGCCAUCCUCGGCGCCCGUCUCAUCGUCAUCUUCAUCUCGCCGUGUGCUGAAGGGCGUGGCCUCAUCCUCGUCCGGCCGCAUGUGUCUAAAUUCGAAGAAGGUUCUGGACAAACACUCUGCUGUGGACCGCUCCAAAGGUCGUCCUGUCCUCAAUAAACUUUCCCCGUCCCACCGCCGCCCCAAAGACCAGAACCAGGGUCAGACUCAGAACCAGGACCAGGAGUCCGCCAAGGCUGUGACCCGAGCCGCCGCACUGCAGGGCAACAGCCAGAAGGUUCACUUCACCCGCCGCCUGCAGCAUGUGAGCGGCGCCUCUGGCUCCUCGCCACUCCCGCCCAGAAUGCGCCUAAAACCACAAAGGUACCGUACCGACGAAGGCCAGGAUCCACCCCCCUCCUCCUCUCCUAAACAGAGUGCUCGCACAUCACCUCCUAAACCUCCUCCUCUUAGCUCCGCCCCCACAGCUAUGUCCACCACUCAGACCCCUCCUCUCCUCACACUUGUCACCACAGAGACACAAGAGCCCCGCCCCCCAGAGGAGAAGCAGGUAGAGCAGGUGGGGGGAGGAGAUGAAGGGCAGGUAGAGGAGCCGCCCCCUCCCUCCUCCUCCUCCGCCUCCUCCCUGGACUCCUCCCACUCAGAGUGCAGCUCCACAGAGACCUUUGACCUCCCCCCUCCAGGAGACCCGCCCUCCACGUUCUCCUCCUCCUCCUUCUCCACGGGUCAUCAGUGCCCCCCCUCCUCCUCCCCCGCCCCCCCUCCGGUCAGGGCUGAAUGUGACGAAACGCAGGCAGGCGGCGAGGAGGAGGAUGAGGAGGGCGGCGAACUGAAAAGGCGUAGGAAGUCAUCCACGUCUUCCUCCUCCUCCUCCUCCUCAUCGUCCUCCUCCGUCUUCUCCAAGCUGGUUUCCAAGUGGUCGCUCCCCGACGGCCGCACCGUCUGCGUCGGCGACAUCGUCUGGGCCAAGAUCUACGGUUUCCCCUGGUGGCCGGCGCGUAUUCUUGGCAUCACGGUGGCGCGGCGCGGUGACACGGGGUUGGCGGUGCGGCAGGAGGCACGUGUUUCCUGGUUCGGCUCUCCCACCACUUCCUUCCUGCCGCUCGGCCAGCUGUCGCCCUUCCUGGAGAGCUUUCAGUCUCGCUUCGACAGGAAGAGGAAGGGGCCGUACCGCCGCGCCAUCGCUGAGGCCGCCAGCGCGGCCAAACAGCUGACACCUGAAGUCCGAGCGCUGCUCACACAGUUUGAGACGUAGCGUUGGGUUUCACUGCCACACCCCCACCUGACACCUCCAAAUAAGUCCCGCCCCUUUUCACCCACCUAGACUGAUACCUGUCCGUCAGAGACUGCCGCAGACAUACAGACCAUGUUCCCGUUUCCUGUUCUGUACUUCCUGUUUUGAGGAAGAAGCUGUUGAGAUACCCGUCAGUUUUCAGGGGGCAGUGGGCGGGGCUUAGUUCAAACCAGGUAUCAGCCAGCAGCAGCCGUGCGACUCGCUGUCACAUCCUGACCAGCUACUGACCAUGAUGAUGUCAUUAGAGUGAUGCUGAUUGGCUGGUAGAGCUUACGGUUCAUGACGAUGAUGUCACAUGACAUCAAUAUUAAUGCAGCGAUUGUGUUUCGGCGGAAGUCUGAAAAUGACGUCACACCCGAGUUCCCAGAGUUUCAGUUACCGAAGUCUGAAGAAGCAAAAUCGGAGGAGGAAACAAGAUGGCGACGUCUACGAAAGUUAUGUUAGCCUUUGCCUUAUAUUCGGACGAGGUAAGCGCUAACAUAACUUUCUUGGAUGUAACCAUCUUGUUUUUGCUUUUUUCCGACUUUGGUGACUGGAACUCUGGGAACUCAGGCGUGACGUCAUUUUCAGCUGCGUCGAUUAAUCCAUAAAAUCAUAGAAUGACCCGGUAGAGCCAAUCAGAGUGCAGAUAAGCUCGGCCAUCUUGGUUUUUUUUAUCCUUUUCAGCCCCGUUACCAAGGUAACCGUCCUCCAUGUUUGCGUUUGUUUUUUCCGUUCCGGUGCGUGUCGUUAGCGGGCUGGAUGGCUGCGGCUGGCUGGCGUCCCUCCCUGCCGGUCUCUCGGGUUCUUUCUGAGGGUCAGACCUGGUUUUUAAAACUGUGAAACUCAGAGUGUUGUCCAAACUGAGGCUGGGGUCCCACACAGGGUCCAUACCUGCGUCUGAGCAGUCCAGCUGCGGUCAUGUGAUCAUAUUUAGGAUGUAUUGAUCCUGUCAGACUGAUCAGAGAUGUUCUAUUCAGACUUUGGUGAGGUCUCACUCUGAGACUUUGGGGCCUCAGUUUGUCAACAUGAUGCCGACAGGUAGGACAGGUAGGACAGGUAGGACAGGUAGGACAGGUAGGACACACUGACUGUUAGACAGCUGCUCUGAUGAAGAUAAUGAUGAUGAUGAAGAUGAAGGUGAUUUUCCCCUCUGCUGUUUGUAGUCUCAGCUGUCAGACUCUUUUUACCGUCUGUUUGCAGAUCAGAGAUCCUAACGGUCUGACCUCUGACCUCUGUACAUGUUCGUUUUUUUCUCAUGUUUUAAAUCGAUUAAAAAACUCUCAAACUUCUCUCUGAUUCGUCGUCAUUUGAACUCUUUCUUCUUCUGUGGUGGGGGCUGUUGGGGUCACAGCGGUGCCAGCUGUCAGAUUUUCUCACCUGCAAACAGAUGUUUGGUAAACGGGUCCGAAACUGGCGGUUCUUACCCAGAAACCAGCAGCAACCAGAACCUUUAACCUCCAGACCUCCAGACCAGUUAGUCCAGCUGAGGGUCGGCUGCUGGUUUCAGGUAAAAACUCUCAAAUAACCAGAGUGGGAAAAUACCAGCAGGGACUGACUAACUACUGAAGUAUCGGACUUUUAUACUAAACUAAACAAACGGACUUUUUUUUAGUCCAAACAGCUUCAGAGAAUUCAAGGAUUAAUAAAAGGAGGAAUAACGGAACUGUCUAAAUACUGGAAAAUAAUGUCAGGUACUUGGUCAUUGCGGGAAAAAUAAUCAGGUUUUGAUUACAUAACAAAGUGGUUGAUCAGGUACUGACUACAUGCUGAAAUAAAAAUGAAUUUUCCACCCUCUCAAAUAUGUUUCAUAAUGUUUGAGAGGGUGCAGACUAAAUGCAGUGAUAAAUACAGGAAUAUUUCAUCACAUGCUCACCAAAUGUUGGAAUAGGUUAUUUCUCAAUUAGGUACUGAGUUCAUGCUGGAAUAAGUGCAGGUUUUCUUAACCAGGUGCUGACUAAAUGCUGGAGAUAAUGUCAGUUACUUAGCCAUCAACAGUGUUCAUCGAGGUCGAUCAAAUCGCAGACGGUGAAGACUGACAGAUUAUUUUACACACAGUGUAGACUGCCUCCAUCUUUGUGGUUGUACAGAUGCAUUAUAGGAUAGAUUAGGAAGGUCAUCGCACUGAGGUAGGGAGAAGGAAGUAAUGUUCAUCGAUUUAGACGUUUUCAUGAACAGCUUCUGAAAACUGAUUAUAAACAAGAUCAGUGAGAACAAAUCUAAAUAAACCUGAAAUUAACCAUGGUGCUGGAUAAAUACUGGAGAAUUCAGUCUGUUUCUUUGGUGAAAGUCUCUGUCUGUGUCCUGAAUGGAUCCCUCACUCUCUAUAGGUGACUCUGUGGGGGUUAACUCAAAAUUUCCCAUAAAGCAUUGCAAAAUGUAGUGACUAUCCGAUGGUCACUCACCGGUGGUGGGCAUCCCAUCAUGCAUUGCGACUUGCCAUGUAGUGUCGGAAACCUCCGGUGACUGAGUUCAAUACAUUGUGCGAUAUACAUUUACCGGCCACUUUAUUAGGUACACCUGUCCAACUGCUCGUUAACACUUAAUUUCCAAUCAGCCAAUCACAUGGCGGCAACUUAGUGCAUUUAGGCAUGUAGACAUGGUCAAGACAAUCUCCUGCAGUUCAAACCGAGCAUCAGUAUGGGGAAGAAAGGUGAUUUGAGUGACUUUGAACGUGGCAUGGUUGUUGGUGCCAGAAGGGCUGGUCUGAGUAUUUCAGAAACUGCUGAUCUACUGGGAUUUUCACGCACAACCAUCUCUAGGGUUUACAGAGAAUGGUCCGAAAAAGAAAAAAUAUCCAGUGAGCGGCAGUUCUGUGGGCGGAAAUGCCUUGUUGAUGCCAGAGGUCAGAGGAGAAUGGCCAGACUGGUUCGAGCUGAUAGAAAGGCAACAGUGACUCAAAUAACCACCCGUUACAACCAAGGUAGGCAGAAGAGCAUCUCUGAACACACAGUACGUCGAACUUUGAGGCAGAUGGGCUACAGCAGCAGAAGACCACGCCGGGUGCCACUCCUUUCAGCUAAGAACAGGAAACUGAGGCUACAAUCUGCACAAGCUCAUCGAAAUUGGACAAUAGAAGAUUGGAAAAACGUUGCCUGGUCUGAUGAGUCUCGAUUUCUGCUGCGACAUUCGGAUGGUAGGGUCAGAAUUUGGCGUCAACAACAUGAAAGCAUGGAUCCAUCCUGCCUUGUAUCAACAGUUCAGGCUGGUGGUGGUGGUGUCAUGGUGUGGGGAAUAUUUUCUUGGCACUCUUUGGGCCCCUUGGUACCAAUUGAGCAUCGUUGCAACGCCACAGCCUACCUGAGUAUUGUUGCUGACCAUGUCCAUCCCUUUAUGACCACAAUGUACCCAACUUCUGAUGGCUACUUUCAGCAGGAUAAUGCGCCAUGUCAUAAAGCUGGAAUCAUCUCAGACUGGUUUCUUGAACAUGACAAUGAGUUCACUGUACUCAAAUGGCCUCCACAGUCACCAGAUCUCAAUCCAAUAGAGCAUCUUUGGGAUGUGGUGGAACGGGAGAUUCGCAUCAUGGAUGUGCAGCCGACAAAUCUGCGGCAACUGUGUGAUGCCAUCAUGUCAAUAUGGACCAAGCUCUCUGAGGAAUGCUUCCAGCACCUUGUUGAAUCUAUGCCACGAAGAAUUGAGGCAGUUCUGAAGGCAAAAGGGGGUCCAACCCGUUACUAGCAUGGUGUACCUAAUAAAGUGGCCGGUGAGUGUAUAGUAAAACCCCAUGUGGCGGUUAAGGGUUAAUUUCAGACACAGCCUCUGAAAUAUGAUCAGGAUCAAUAACUGCGUUUGAUGAAAGGAAACAUUUAUUUAUUGGAUAUUUACGACGUUUCUUUUACAUAAUUAGUAAGGCUAAGGCGUGGGAUCAGAUUAAUUCCUGGUUCACAUCACAAAGUGUUUGUCAUCUGACCUCGUUAUGAUGACAUCAUCAGACUCCUCCCACUCAACAGCCUCAGCCAAUCCACUUCCAGGUUACUGUGACAUUUCUUAGCUGUAGAGCAGUGCAUUGUGGGAUUGAUCCUGAUAACUCUCUCUCUCUCUCUCUCUCUCUCUCUCUCUCUCUCUCUCUUCCUGUAGUGCGACCCUGAAGAGCUGCUGA